AUGAGCGACAGCGACGCGGACGCUGUAGCCACUUCGCCGCGCGCGGCAGCGGUGGCGCUCGUCCAAUCACGAGAGGAGUUGAUGGGCUCUGGACAAGACGAGAGCUGGCUGCACGCAGCAGUGGACGUGUCGCACGAGACGGGAGAGCGCGCGGCCGACGUGGCGAACGAGCGACUGGAGACGCAGUCAGACGACGGCGCAAGACGACGGACGCUGUCGCCGACGCGCGCGGCGCUGCUACUGCGUACAGAGUCGGAACUGAAUGGUCGGGAGACGAGAAGGGAUACGGUGAGCCCGAAGGCGCUUGCGACGGUACUAAAAGACGUGGAGCUGCUGCAGAAGGAGAGGGAGGGAGAGGAGAAGGAGGAGGAGGAGAGAGAGGAAGAGGACAAGGACAGUGGAGAGAGAGGAACGAUCGUGGACGUGGUGCAGAGGUCGGGGACGACGUGGUGCGGGUCAGAUCGACAAUUUAUGACGUCCGAGAGGCUGUCGCGUGCUGAAGAGGUCGAUCGAGGCAACGAGAGCUCCUGGAUGGAGGGACUGACUGGGGACUUGAUGGUGUCGUCGACUUUGCUCGAUCGGGAGGAGACAGGUGCGAGGAGAACGACGCUGGACCCGACGGAAGCUGCACUAGUGGUCGCAGCUCUGCAAAAAGAGGCAGCGAGUAUGAGUGCUGGGGCUCUGGUGGUGAAAGCUGAAGUGGAGCCAGAGACGCAAUUGCUACUGGCCAACGAGCCCCACACGCGGAAGUUGGUUGUGUCGGAACCGAUGGUUCAUGAAAGCACAGGAUCAUUGACGCGAUCAAGAGAGAACAGCGAGUUGAUUGCAGUAUCGACGGAAAUUCGAAGAAGGAACCCGCCAAGUAUAUUGAACGGGUCUGCGUGCAGAACGUCGCUAUCGCCCGUGGAAGCGGUAAAGAGUAGAAUGUCGCCGUCUCUAGCAGAAAAGGCCAACGAUAUGGAAGCGCUUGUACUAGCGCAGAAUAACUCGGAGCGACGGACAACUGUUGACCCAAGCGAGGCAUUGGUGGUGCUGGAGGAGAACGUCCAGCUGGGGCAAAAGGAUGGUCGUCGACAAACGAUUGACGAGCAUGGUUUGCUGGAGUUGACGCAUACGCUUGAGUCUCGUCCACUUGGAAAUGAACACACGGCCACGCGAGCGGAAGAAUUAUCUCGAAAGCGCGCUAGCGACGAAAAUGCCAGCGUAGAGAGUCGCCAAGCACAUUUUUCGUAUGCUGACGACGAUCCGACUAUGGAGUCCAUGGACAUAGACUCGUCUUCGUAUAUGAGAGCUCGGGCAAGUGCCGCGACGACGGACCAUCAAAGAACGAGUAUCGGCGACCACAGCUCACCAGCUAAGUUUCCUCCAUCUCAAAUCUCGGAGCUGUCGAUGUUUUCACCUCCUCCAGGUGAACCCCGGACCAGGACUCCUCUGAAAGGAAUUCUGAGCGCACGUAAGGUACGGCGGACUGCUCGCGACCCUGUACAAACAACACCGAACAAGUCUGUCAAUUUCGGCCCCUCGCAAGGCGCCGAGUUCAAUUACGGCUCGCCAUCUACGUCAAUGACUCCCAUGCUGGCGAAGGACGCUUCGCGUCUUUUUCCGUUGGAGCCACGGGUGUCGUCAGACGAAGAGCCUGAUGACGCGGAAACGUCCUUGAACUCGUCUAUUCUUGAUGAGGCUGACUCACUCGACGAGGCCGAGCCUCGGAAAGAAAGUGCGUACGUGACCGCAGUGGUCAAGAAGUCAGGGUUUGAUCUACUGCAAUCCCGAAGAAGUAGUUUUCUGACGCAAAAAAUGAUGGACAAAAGUCGCCGUCGGCAAAGUUUGCGUGGCUACAGUCCCCUCGAUUCUCAUGCUGAAGUUCGGCGACGUAGACGGCAAACCAUCAAUGUCACCCGUCGAACCUCAGAUCCGGAAUCUGCUGCACCAACGUCGUUCACUGCGACCGAAAAUCGAGGUGUUGACUCUUCAUCUUCGACGAGAAACAAUUCGUUCUUGAGCGCGAACGAUGUGACCAAUACAGGCCGCAUGCCAUACGUGGACUCAUCAGCAUCUUCGGAUGCCGGAGAAGACAUGGAGAUCACGGGCGAGUACUCUUUCAUGCUGGGACGCGAGAGCGAUGUGAAAGAAAAGCAAUCGACAACAUCGGCGGGUCAUGUUCGCGACGAAGAUACGGCCGAGUUUAGUUUAGGCCACCUCCUUGCCGAAGCUUCCAUGUACGAGCUAACAAAAUCGGUGCCAGAGCCCGAUCUUCCUGGAUCGCUGGGCGACUUGGCCAACGAGCCUGCGGCCUGCAGUCAGAACGACCAGGCUGGCGGUCUCAUACUCAGUUUGAACGAUCAGGACACGGAUUUGGACCCGAUCCAAGAAAAGGACGAAACCGUGACGUCUUCUCAAGGCCAAAGUAUGAUGAGCCUUGAUUCCGACGAGAGUGACGAGGAGUAUCCUGCCACUGCGAAAUCUCUCCAAGUUAAUUUGAAGGCGAAGUUUGACCGAGUUAGCACCGACGGUGGCACAAACUCCCAGCACAUAGUGCCGCCCGAAGUACUUCCUGUGCGCUUGAUCACAAUGAAAGAGCUCUUUUCGUCCGUUGCUCUGAACGAAGAGGACGCAUUCGUGGAGACAAGCAAUGAUUUCUUUGGAGAGGAAGGUGCAUUGUAUAACGACCGGGUCUCAGAGAAUGCGAAGCUUGCAUGCGCGUACGAUACAUGCUCGGACGUGGUCGAGAGCCAUAUUCGAGAUGUGUCGUCGUGGUCGGUCGCUGUGGCUGAAGAGCUGUCAUCAUUGCUUGACUUCAAGGCUCCGGCAGUGUUUAGUCCCGAGAUCCUUGACGACGCAGGCCGGGAAGCUAUCCAGACAUUGUAUGCAACGGAAGCAAUGGUGGCUCGAACUGGUUGGUGUCAGCUGCAGGCACAAGUGGAAAAACAGCUUGCCGAUGGCUUGUCUGUCAGUGCAAACUCAUUGGCAAAUGACGUAAAGUCGCUGAAAGACAGUGUGUCCUCUGACGCAUUGAGACGUCAGAAUGAACUUACCGCUAUGAAAGAGAUGAUUGAUCGCGAAGAACAGAUGGCUCUUCUCUUGGAUGCCAUUGAAGAACAACAGGGCGCCCAUGCGGAAUACGUGGCUGCUGUGAGCGAUCUGGAAAAGGAACACUUGUCACUGUCACUAGAGGAGUCAGUGCUACAAAGUCGCUUGAAAGUCCUUGAAGGACGGGCUGCAGAACUCGAGCCCGUAACUCUAGCGGCAGCAUCGCAGCUGGAGGAGGAUGUGCUGACGACGGAGGAAAUGCUUGCGAUUCAGGAGAGCAUGUGUGUGUGGAAGAUUUGCGAGGCGACAACGUUGCAUCUUGUUUUGAGCGCUCGGUACGAAGACGUGUUGUUCGAUGUAGAAGUUUGUGUAGAUGUCCGUGUGGGGUCUUCUCCAAUGGGUGAGGCAUCCACUUCGAUCGAGACGAACGAGUUUCUCAAGCACAAAGAGCAAAACGCGUACCUUCCCUACGAAAGUGAUGUAGUGUUGGUGCUGCAGCGGCUGCUGCUGGAUCCUCACUACAUUUCCCGAAUCGCAGACGAAUCUGAUCUAGGCGAUAGAAAUUACGGAUACACGCUGGCAAAGCUGCAGGUCCUGGAACAUUUCAUCAACCGCUCGUACCGGUUGUUGAAGGAAUUGCGAGAACUGUCGACCUGCUUCGCCAUGCAUUAUGACGAAGAGGGUAGCACUCUUUGGGUCGAUUUUUUCAAGUUCCCAUCCGUGGCUUCUCACAUGGAUAGUGAGGGUGCCAAGUUUAGCGUCGGGUUCUCUCUUCUUCCGGUGUUCCCGUAUACCGACUACCAAACGGCUGUGCAGGUCCUGCAUGGACAGGUCUCGUGCGAUGCUGUAACAAGGGAAAUCGAGCUGGUGACAAGGCAAGAACCGAAGUACUUUACGCGAGUGUGCCGGCGACUUCAAGAGCGUUUUGUACGGUAG